AUGGAUCCUCGAAAUCUCGAAAAACAACGUGAGCCAGAGGAGCCACGCUUCCUCAGCUUUCCACACCUCCCAGAAGAUGCGAUGAGAGAUGGAAAGCCGGCUUUGAACAAAUAUUCGUCAACUCUUACGGCCGGCCAUAACUUUCCAGGAGCUCAGGCUAUGCUAUACGCAGCCGGUGUGCCUUCACGGGAAGCGAUGAAGACGCAGCCACAUGUUGGUAUUGCAAGUGUGUGGUGGGAAGGAAACCCAUGCAAUAUGCAUUUGCUUGAUCUAGGCAAAGAAAUCAAAAAGCAUAUCCUAAAUGAUGAGAUGUUAGCAUGGCAGUACAACACCGUUGGAGUAUCGGAUGGCAUCACCAUGGGCGGAGAAGGCAUGCGAUUCUCACUGCAAACACGUGAGAUAAUAGCAGACAGCAUCGAAACCGUGACUUGCGCUCAGCAUCAUGACGCCUGUAUUGCAAUACCAGGAUGCGACAAGAACAUGCCUGGUGUGAUUAUGGCCUUUGCUCGACACAACCGCCCAUCUCUCAUGGUCUAUGGUGGCUCGAUAAUGCCAGGCUACUCCGAGACGCUGAAGAAACCAAUCAAUAUCUCCACAUGUUAUGAGAAGCACGGCGCCUACAUUUACAAGAACUUGCAAAGCGCCGAAGCGGGCAAGUUCACGCCAGAUGAGAUCAUGGAGGACAUCGAGAAGAACGCGUGUCCAGGAGCUGGUGCUUGUGGCGGCAUGUACACGGCUAACACUAUGUCUACUUCUAUCGAAGCAAUGGGUCUCACCCUUCCCAACUCCUCCACCACUCCCGCUGAGUCCCCCGCCAAAAUGCGUGAGUGCGCAAAGGCCGCAGCUGCAAUCCGAGUCUGCAUGGAGAAGAACAUCACGCCCUCGAAACUCUUGACCAAAGCCUCCUUCGAGAACGCUCUCGUGAUGAUGAUGGUAUUGGGCGGUUCCACAAACGCAGUCCUGCAUCUCCUCGCCAUGGCCGGCACCGCCAACGUACCCCUAACCCUCGACGACUUCCAACGCGUGAGCAACAAAAUCCCCUUCCUCGCCGACCUCGCCCCCUCAGGCCGCUACUUCGCAGCCGACAUGUACGACAUCGGCGGCAUGCCAUCAGUCAUGAAGCUCCUCGUCGCCGCCGGCCUGCUCGACGGCUCCAUCCCCACCGUAACGGGCAAAACGCUCGCCGAAAACAUCGCCCCCUACCCCUCCCUCCCCCAAGACCAAACCCUCAUCCGCUCCCUAGACAACCCAAUAAAACCCACCGGCCACAUCGAGAUCCUGCGCGGCAAUCUCGCGCCCGCGGGCGCAGUCGCAAAAAUCACAGGCAAAGAGGGCCUCGUCUUCAGCGGGAAAGCAAUGGUCUUCGACAAAGAGCACCAGCUUGAUUCCGCGCUAAACGAGGGCACCAUCCCGCGCGGCGAGAACAUCGUCAUUGUUGUGCGCUACGAGGGGCCAAAGGGCGGGCCCGGUAUGCCCGAGCAACUGAAGGCUAGCGCGGCGAUCAUGGGCGCGGGUCUCAAUAACGUCGCCCUCAUCACGGAUGGAAGGUACUCUGGGGCAAGCCAUGGGUUUAUCGUCGGCCAUAUGUGUCCUGAGGCGGCGGUUGGGGGGCCCAUUGCUGUGGUCCGGAAUGGCGAUGUGAUUACGAUUGAUGCUGAGAAGAACCGGAUUGAUAUGGAUGUUAGUGAUGAGGAGAUCGUGGAGAGGUUGAAGGCGUGGAAGGCGCCGAGUAUGCCGGUUACAAGGGGCGUGUUGGCCAAGUAUGCGAGGCUGGUCGGCGAUGCAAGUCAUGGUGCGAUGACGGAUUUGUUCUGA